AUGCCUCCUCCUCAGAUUAAACAAGACUUGAACCGCUCCGGUUGGGAAUCCACCGAUUUCCCCUCGGUCUGCGAGAACUGCCUCCCCGAGAAUCCGUACGUCAAGAUGCUCAAGGAAGACUACGGCGCAGAGUGCAAGCUCUGCACCCGGCCCUUCACCGUCUUUAGCUGGUCCGGGGACGGGCGCGCCCACGGCCGCAAGCGGCGCACCAAUAUUUGCCUGACUUGCGCGCGCCUCAAGAACGCCUGCCAGUGCUGCAUCAUGGACCUGCAGUUCGGCCUGCCCAUCGUCAUUCGCGACAAGGCGCUCGAGCUGAUCGCUCCCGGCCCGCAGAGCGAGAUCAACCGCGAGUAUUUCGCGCAGAACAACGAGAAGGCGAUCGAGGAGGGGCGGGCCGGGGUGGAGGAGUACGAGAAGACGGACGAGAAGGCGCGGGAGCUGUUGAGGCGGCUGGCGCAGAGCAAGCCGUACUUUAGGAAGGGGAGAGAGGUGGAUCAGGACGGAAAUCCCGGUGGGAACCCGGCGGUUGGCGCGGGAGUCGGCGGCGCUGGGCCGAUACGGACGAGAGACUCGAAAGCGGCGGCGGCGGUCGGGGCCAAGGCCGGUCCGCGGAGGGGACCGUUCGGUGCGGCUGCCCCGCCGCCGGGGCCGAAAGACUGGAUGCCGCCCAAGGACCCCAACAUCAUGUCGUUGUUUGUCACGGGCAUCGAAGACGACCUGCCCGAGUACAAGAUCCGCGACUUUUUCAAGGUGUUCGGCAAGAUCAAGUCGCUCGUGGUGUCGCACAUGACGCAUUGCGCGUUUGUCAACUAUGAGACGCGCGAAGGAGCGGAGAAGGCGGCGGCCGAGUGCAAGGGGCGCGCCGUCAUCGCGGGAUGCCCGCUGCGGAUCCGGUGGAGCGUGCCCAGGCCGAUCGGGACGAUGGACAAGGAGCAGAGGGCGGAGAUGCUGCGCGACGGCCGGUCGGCUUUCCCGCAAGCGAACCGGAGAGGCCCGCAAAAGUCUAUCGAGGGCGGUGCUGCACAAGAAGGCGGCUCCGCGGCCACACGGGGAGACGAUCUCUCCAACCUUGCCGUGGCCGCCCCCCCUGGGGCAGCUGAUGUACAAUAUGCCAGCUUGUCGGGUAACUAGCGCUUGGUACUGCGGAGGCCACAGUCCUAUUUUUUGAGGUUUAUAUGGCGUUGGUGUUACGGGUUUGGGCUGCGGUUGGGAAAGGUGAACGAUAUCUCUGCUGCAUUGCUUUCUGUUGGGCAUCAUGUCUCUGUUGUUACAGUACAUUGAGGGGUAUCAUAGACGGCUAUACAAUACACGGCAGGAAUCCUGACCCAUGAGUUUGUCUACCUUGUCGCCCGUCCUGCGCCAAGUUUCGUGAGUUGAUCCACGGCUCUUCCUCCACUAGCUCUCUGAGCAGCAUUUGACGCCACCGGCAGGAGGGUUCUUGUUUCCUUUCUUAAUGCUGUCGUUGUCUCCCCGUUCGGUAUACUCGUGGAUGCGGAGCUCUACAGCAAAACCAAGUUAGAAUGCAAUUCUUGAUGUCGUGAUGAUGGU